AUCUGUAUAGAUUGUUUUAUUACAAUUCCACAAUGCUUGGACUUGAAUCCCUUCCAGAUCCUACAGAUACCUGGGAAAUUAUAGAGACCAUAGGCAAAGGCACUUAUGGCAAGGUCUACAAAGUAACUAACAAGGUAGAUGGGAGCCUGGCUGCAGUAAAAAUUCUGGAUCCGAUCAGUGACAUGGAUGAAGAGAUUGAGGCAGAGUACAACAUUUUGCAGUUUCUUCCUAAUCACCCUAACGUUGUAAAGUUUUAUGGGAUGUUUUACAAAGCAGAUCACUGUGUAGGAGGACAGCUGUGGCUGGUCCUGGAGCUGUGUAAUGGGGGCUCAGUCACGGAACUUGUCAAGGGACUACUCCGGUGUGGUCAGCAGUUGGAUGAAGCAAUGAUCUCAUACAUUUUGUAUGGGGCUCUCUUGGGCCUUCAGCAUUUGCACAACAACCGAAUCAUCCACCGUGAUGUCAAGGGGAAUAACAUUCUUCUGACAACAGAAGGAGGAGUAAAGCUCGUUGACUUUGGUGUCUCAGCCCAGCUCACCAGCACACGCCUGAGGAGAAACACGUCUGUUGGCACCCCUUUCUGGAUGGCCCCUGAGGUCAUUGCAUGUGAGCAGCAGUACGACUCUUCCUAUGACGCUCGCUGUGACGUCUGGUCUUUGGGGAUUACAGCUAUUGAACUGGGGGAUGGAGACCCUCCCCUCUUUGACAUGCAUCCUGUGAAAACGCUCUUUAAGAUUCCAAGAAAUCCUCCACCUACUUUACUUCAUCCGGAAAAAUGGUGUGAAGAGUUCAACCACUUUAUUUCACAGUGUCUUAUUAAGGAUUUUGAAAAUCGGCCUUCUGUCACCCAUCUCCUCAACCACCCUUUUAUCAGAGAAGCCAAAGGAAAGGUCUUACUUCUGCAAAAACAGCUGGCUAAGGUCCUCCAAGACCAGAAGCAUCUAAAUCCUGUUGUCAAAACCAGGCAUGAAAGAAUGCAUACCAGAAAACCCUAUCAUGUUGAAGAUGCUGAGAAACACUGCCUUGAGGAUGACUUGGUCAAUCUGGAGGUUCUGGAUGAGGAUACAAUUAUUCAUCAACUACAGAAACGUUAUAUGGACUCAAUCAUUUAUACAUAUGUUGGUGACAUCUUAAUUGCCUUAAACCCCUUCCAGAAUCUAAGCAUAUACUCUCCACAGUUUUCUAGACUUUAUCACGGGGUGAAACGUGCCUCCAAUCCCCCCCAUAUAUAUGCAUCAGCAGAUGCUGCUUACCAAUGCAUGGUUACUUUCAGCAAAGACCAGUGCAUUGUCAUCAGUGGAGAAAGUGGCUCUGGGAAGACUGAAAGUGCCCACCUGAUUGUUCAGCAUUUGACUUUCCUGGGAAAGGCCAACAAUCAGACCUUGAGAGAAAAAAUACUACAAGUCAACUCGCUGGUGGAAGCUUUUGGAAAUGCAUGCACUGCCAUCAAUGACAAUUCAAGCCGAUUUGGGAAAUAUUUGGAAAUGAUGUUUACACCAACUGGAGCAGUGAUGGGGGCAAGGAUCUCUGAAUACCUCCUUGAAAAAUCCAGGGUUAUAAAACAGGCAGUGGGAGAGAAAAAUUUUCACAUAUUUUACUAUAUUUAUGCUGGUCUUCAUCACCAAAAGAAACUUUCUGGCUAUAGACUUCCUGAGGAAAAACCACCUAGGUACAUAAAUGAUGAGACUGGAAUGGUGAUGCAUGACAUAAUAUCCAAGGAAUCUUAUAGGAGACAAUUUGAAGCAAUUCAGCAUUGCUUCAGGAUUAUAGGGUUCACUGACAAGGAGGUACACUCAGUGUACAGAAUUUUGGCUGGGAUUUUGAAUAUUGGAAAUAUUGAGUUUGCUGCUAUUUCCUCUCAACAUCAAACUGAUAAAAGUGAAGUGCCCAAUACAGAAGCUUUGGAAAAUGCUGCCUCUGUUCUCUGCAUCAGCACUGAAGAGCUACAGGAGGCCCUCAUCUCAUACUGUGUGGUCACCCGUGGUGAGACCAUCAUCCGCUCCAAUACUGUUGACAGGGCUGCAGAUGUCCGAGAUGCCAUGUCCAAAGCCCUGUAUGGGAGGCUCUUUAGCUGGAUUGUAAAUCGUAUCAAUACACUCCUUCAGCCAGAUAAAAACAUAUGUAGUGCAGAUGAUGGUCUGAAUGUGGGCAUCUUGGAUAUUUUUGGAUUCGAGAACUUUCAGAGAAAUUCAUUUGAGCAGCUCUGCAUAAACAUCGCCAAUGAGCAAAUACAGUACUAUUUCAAUCAGCACGUGUUUGCCCUUGAACAGAUGGAGUAUCAGAAUCAAGGUAUUGACGCUUCACCCGUGGGGUAUGAGGACAAUCGCCCACUCUUGGACAUGUUCCUCCAGAAGCCCCUUGGACUACUUGCACUUCUGGAUGAGGAAAGUCGGUUUCCUCAGGCAUCUGAUCAGACCCUAGUUGAUAAAUUUGAAGAUAAUCUACGAUGCAAAUACUUCUGGAGACCCAAAGGAGUAGAGCUGUACUUUGGCAUCCAGCACUACGCAGGAAAGGUGUUAUAUGAUGCUUCUGGAGUUCUUGAGAAAAACAGAGACACUCUCCCUGCUGAUGUGGUCAUUGUUCUGAGAACAUCGGAAAACGAGCUUCUUCAGCAACUCUUCUCAAUCCCUUUGACCAAAACAGGUAACUUGGCCCAGACAAGAGCCAGGAUAACAGCAUCUUCAAGAUCUUUGCCUCCACAUUUCAGUGCUGGGAGGGCCAAGGAAAGACCCAAGGUGGACACUCUGGAGGUGAUCCAACAUCCAGAAGAAACCACCAACAUGAAAAGGCAGACCGUGGCAUCUUACUUUCGGUAUUCUCUGAUGGAUUUGCUCUCCAAGAUGGUGGUGGGCCAGCCCCACUUUGUACGCUGCAUCAAACCUAAUGAUCAUCGAGAGGCCCUGAAGUUUUCCAGAGACAGAGUGCUGGCCCAGCUUCGAUCCACAGGGAUCCUGGAGACUAUCAGUAUCCGCCAGCAGGGAUAUUCUCACCGCAUCCUCUUUGAAGAGUUUGUGAAAAGAUAUUAUUACUUGGCAUUCAAAGCACAUCAAACACCUCCUGCUAGCAAAGAAAGCUGUAUUGCUAUCUUGAAAAAGUCCAGAUUAGAUCACUGGGUGCUGGGAAAAACAAAGGUUUUUCUCAAAUAUUAUCACGUCGAGCAGUUAAAUUUGUUACUUCGAGAAGUCAUUGGCAGAGUGGUGGUGCUGCAGGCAUAUACCAAGGGGUGGCUGGGAGCCAGAAGAUACAAAAGAGUCAAAGAGAAGAGAGAAAAGGGUGCCAUUAUCAUCCAGUCAGCCUGGAGAGGAUAUGAUGCUCGGAGGAAAGUCAAGAAAAUAAGCAACAGAAGGAGUGAGUCUGCUGUUCAUAUUCAAGCAGUUCUAAGGAGCUCUGUGGACCCUACAUGCAGUGUACAUACAGAGCCUAGUCAGGAUCACACAGAGACUGCAGUCAACUCUCCUGCCGCUGCUGUGAAAAUUCGGGAUUCCGAAUUACAGAAUGUUCCAAAAGAAGGUGGUGUCUUCUCAGGAUAUUCAAUUAAGCAUUCAGUUUCUGGAACCAAUUGCCAGUCUGCUCAAACAUGCCGUGCUGCUCCAGAUCACGAAGAGCUCAGUCUCUCAAGGGGAAUCCCUGCAAAACCUGGUUCAGAAAACUGUCUUGCGUGUAGGCAGCGAACCCCUCGUCGAAGAUGUCAGCAGCCCAAAAUGUUGAAUAGCCCUGAGGACACCAUGUACUAUAACCAGUUAAAUGGAACUCUAGAAUAUCAAGGGAGCAAGAGGAAGCCAAGAAAACUUGGCCAAAUCAAAGUGCUUGAUGGGGAAGAUGAAUAUUACAAAUCUCUGUCACCUGUGGACUCCAUCCCUGAGGAAGACAAAUCAGCCCACCCUUUCUUUUUUUCCUCAGCCUCUAAAGGAGCGUCUUUUGCUAGGCACUGAGGAGUAUUUUGUUCUCCCCAAAUCUGUUGAGGGUAAGAAGUUGAGGUAAUAAAUUGAUUGUUAUUGAGUGAGGAA